CAAGGGACCCUCGGCCCUCCUGGAGCGCCCUGGGGAUGCGGGCGGCGCCGGCCUCCGCGGCUGAUGGAGGCGGGUGGCGCCACCCCGGGCGCAGGUGACACUCGCCAGGCCUGGGUUUCGGUCGAAGGGGAAGUACGCUGGGAGCUCGAGACGCAGUCGCCCCAGGGACUAAGGACCCGGCAGCGAUGGCCGGAGAGCUGAGCCAGGAGGCACUGCUGGACUUUCUGUGCCAGGCCGGGGGCCGAGUGCGUAACGCAGAACUGCUGAGCCACUUCAAGAGCUUCCUGCGCGACCCUCACGUGCCUCCAGGCCAGCUGCAGGAGCGUCGCGAGCGCUUCAAGGGCUUCGUGAACUCGGUGGCCGCAGUGCGCCAGGACCCCGACGGCACCAAGUACGUGGUGCUCAAGAGGAGGUACAGGGACCUACUGGGGGAGGAGGGCCUGCAGCGACUCGGCCCUGUAAACGGACAGCCGCGGGGCCACCGCCACCGUGACCCGGAGCCGCAGAAGCCGCCGGCAGGUGCGGUGACCCGGGUGGACGUAGGUGGCAGCGCGCAGAAGGUGGCAGGACCAGACCCCAGCCCGGAGGACAGCCCGAACCAGAGGACACCGGGGCCAGAGGCUGCUCAAGCCAGAGGCAGGUGUGCGGCUGUGGGGACGCGGGGACGCUGCUGCUGGGAGUGCCAGCAGAACGGCUGGGGACAGCCCACGGGACAGCCGCUGCCAGAAGAUCUCGGAGACCGUGCAGUCGCCUGCGAGAAGCCGGAGCGCGCUGCACCUGCCGGGGAUGACCUCGGAGCUCCAGGGUGGCUGCGGGAGGGAGAGGCCGCCGAGUGCGCGCCUGGGUCUGUAACGCCUGUCUGGCCUCCGGCCGCCGUCGAGGCUGCUGGCAGCCCGACGUCCCCGCCUGCUCUCCCGCCCCACCCGGCUCCCUCCAGAGAGCCACUGGAGCUGUUUACCGCCGGCUCCCCGAACCAUUCAACCCAGCAGCAGCAGCAGCAGCAGCGCACUCGAGAGUGGGUAGCCAGAUACCUGCAGGUGCCUGAGCCCGGGAUCCAGGCGCCCACUCGCGCCUGGUCCGUGUUGCCAGACAAUUUCCUCCAGUUGCCUUCAGAAACCACCUUUGGGGUCUCGGAGAACAACUCGGUGCUGCCAGAGCCCGCCCUGCCUUUUCAUUCUCUCCUUCCCGUGGUUCCUGAGGAGUCCUCAGAAUCCUGGCUAGAGAACACUCCACCUACUGUCUUUCGAAGCAUUCGUUGUCAGCUGUCCCUCCAUGAUCUGGAUGACUUUGUGGAGCAAGAGAGCCAUGGAAGUGAGGAGAGCAGCAGUGGACCCAAAGAAUCUCCCGGAACCCCCGAAGAGGGGCUGCCGCCUGUUCUGAGAACGUCCUCCUGGGGCGAGCUCGGGGAUCCAGUUGAGGAUCUGGUUUUGUCACCAAACAACAGCCCUUGCCUGAUCCGGCGGGACCUCGGAUAUAGAGGGAAUGCGCCCAGUUUUCGGAAGGUCCCAACAGUGGCUAAAAGCCUUGGAGACCACCCCCAGGAACCCUUCCCUGCCCCCAAGUUCCGAAGGUCUGUCAGGAGGAGCUCUCGAACAGGGAGAACCAAAUCUCCGUCUUCCUCAGAUGAGGAGCAUCCUGAUGAGGACUUGUGGAAAAGGAGUCGGCGCCCACCUCGGUCCAGGAAGCCUUCCAAGGCAGGAGCCCUGCCCAGCCCAAGGGUGGAUGUUGUUUUGAUACAGAAAUUGGUAGAUGCUAAUGCUGUGGCCAGUCAGCCACACUCUUCAUGGGUCCCAAGCAGGGAUGGAUCUGCAGCCUUGAUACCCCACAGACCUUCUGAGCACAGGUCCUCCCUUGUCCCCCUAGACGCCAGGGAGCAUGAGUGGAUUGUGAGUCUUGCCAGUGGCUCCUGGCUUCACGUGCUGACUUUGUUCUGGGAGGACCCCCAGCUGGCUCUGCACAGAGACUUCCUGACUGGGUACACAGCCUUGCACUGGAUAGCAAAGCAUGGUGACCUGAGUGCCCUUCAGGACUUGGUCUCUGGAGCCCAGAAGGCGGGCAUUGCACUAGAUGUAAAUGUGAGGUCCAGUUGUGGCUAUACCCCACUGCACCUUGCAGCUAUUCACGGGCACCAGGGAGUCAUCAAAUUGCUCGUGCAAAGACUGGCUUCUCGGGUGAACAUUCGGGACUGCAGUGGCAAGAAGCCGUGGCAGUAUCUGAACAGUAAUGUCUCUGGGGAAACGUGGCAGCUCCUGGGUGCACCCCGGGGCAAACCUAUCUUCCCUGUCUAUUCCUUAGUCCAAAGCUCUUCCCCAGCCAGGAAGGUCAAGAGCCGGGAAGUGUCUAGAAAUGUCACCCGGAAGACUUCCUUGGCUGCUUUGCUCAGAACUCAGCACAACAAGUGGAAAUUGGCCAACCAAUAUGAGAAAUUCCACACCUCAAAGGACAGAGAAGAGUAUAGUGACUGAGGUGGGCUUGUCUCUCCAAGAGGUGCGCGUACACACACACACACACACACACACACACACACACACACACUCCCCAAGCUACUAAGUAGGUGGAGAGAACCCAAGGGAAACAGAAACUGUUAGGAGUUGAUAAAGAUUGAGGAGCAGUGAAAUAGUGUCCUCAAGGGCCAUCUCAAUUUCUUGAAAGCUCAUAUGUUUGGACUGUGAAAUGUGGACUGAAGCUGAUCCAGGCACUCAAGCCUGCUCUCUCUCUCUCUCUCUCUCUCUCUCUCUCUCUCUCUCUCUCUCACCAGCCAGGGGUCAGGGCACAGGGAGGCACAGUAUUUUCUGAGGCAGCCAGGCCUUACUAGAAAGGGAAAGGAUGCGUCAAAGGGAGGCAGUUUGUGGAACUGCUCUAGCUCACACUCUUCUCUGGUUGGAAGUUCUUUGGCUUCUAUUCAUCCCUAGAAUAAAUCUUGGCUGAGUGGAAAGCACCAGUUUGAAGUCAGAUGGCUUCCCUUCAUUUUCUUUAUGUGCCUUUUGGCAAUUCCAACCAGUGAAAUAAAAUUGUUGCUGGGGAGUGUAGCAUCUGAUUGAAGAGAUUUCCUCAGUCCUGCACCUUCCUGUGAGCAUCUACAGUGCUUGGUGUAAACUGAUGACUGUCUUCUCGGGGUGUCACUGCCAUUGACCGGAGAAGCAGAUGAGUGACAUUCAGGAAUGAUCAUGACUCCACUCCCUAGACAAAUGACAACAUUCAGACUCUGUUUUGUUUUCUGUUUGUUUUUUUGCUGUUGUUUGUUUUUGUACCAACUCAAAGUGAGCUUUCCAAGAGGAAAAGCAUUUUGGUUCAUCUGUGUUAUGACUGAAACUCUUCAUCCUACAGGGGAAACUCCAUGUGUAGCAAGCAGGGUCAUCUCUGACAGCAUUCCACAUGUCUGAAGGUCAUGUGGAACUUGACCUUGGGAAAAGAGCUGGAUUCCCUUUGGGGAAGAAGUAAGGUUAAAAUCGUCAGAACUUUGUUAAGCUGCUAAGUAUAACUUUAUUUGCACUAAACUUUUUGCCAAUUAAGAUUAAAUAUUAGCCCUGAAGUACUGAAUGUCUAACAGGAAGUGUCCCGUUCCAUUCUCAGGAAGAGGUUGAUCAUUGCAGGUCCCUGGCUGUAGGUGACUCUGCGACCCCAGGAGAAUGUGUAAAUUCUGAAUGUAAAUCCAAAGAGGGCUGGAAAGUUCAAUGUUCAAGCAGAGAUUAAUUUUUUAUGGAAAUAUUUUCAUGUGUGAUGCUGUAUUUUUAAAAAGUAUUCUUGUGUUAUUUUCCUGCAUUAAAAGACCAGCAGAUUGUUAUGUUAUAUAUUGUAUCAAGCUAUUAUUGCUGAUGUUCUUAUAUAAUGAACUCUGAUUGUCAAAUAUUUUUUGUUUCAUUAUAGUCUAACUAUAUAA